CUACAUAAAAGGCCAUUGGGCCUGGCGCUCUAUACUGAGGAGCGGCCGGCGGCGCAAUGGAGCGGGCCAGGGACCGCUUACACCUGAGACGGACUACAGAACAGCACGUACCAGAGGUGGAAGUCCAGGUCAAACGUCGGAGGACAGCCUCACUGAGCAACCGAGAGUGUCAGCUGUACCCAAGGCGAUCUCAGCAGCAGCAAAUACCUGUGGUGGAUUUCCAGGCCGAACUGAGACAGGCAUUCUUAGCUGAGACACCAAGAGGUGGUUAAAGCAGUAUUGGAACAUCCAGUAGCUGAUUGCCAAGUAAAGAUCAGUUUUGUUUAAAUCAGCUGAGAAUGUAUCCGUGUACAGCUGACAAUGUAAUAAAGAUAUUAGUCAUAA